AUGUUUUUGUUUCGAAGAAAACAGGAAAAAGAAGAGGUAAAUCCUCUUUCUGAAAUAGAAACAGCUCAUGAAAAAGCCUUAAAAGCAUCACAAGCGAUUCAAAGAUCUUUACUUGAUUUAGAGGAGAAGGAGAAGAAACUUGAGAAUGAGGCAGCUAAUUUGGCAUUACAAGGAGAUAAGAAUUCUGCACUAUUAGUAUUAAGAAGGAAGAAAUUAGUCACUCAAGAAAGAGAAAAAUUAUUAAGUUCAAGCUUACUAUUAGAACAACAAUUACUUAAUUUAGAGACAGCAAAAACCCAACAAAUGACAAUGUCUGCAUUAUCUGCCAGUGCUACAGCUCAUCAAUCUUUAAUCUCAUCUACAAAUACUGACAAAUUGGAGAAAAUAUCUGAUACAAUAAAAGAACAACAAUCGAUUCAAGAUGAAAUCUCUCAAAUAAUUAAUCAGUCUCUUCCUUCAAUGAAUGAGGCUGAUCUUUUGGAAGAAUUAAGUGCAAUACAAGCAAAAGAAAUAGAUAGAAAAAUUCUCGAAUCAUCUGAAAUAUUUACUAAUAAUAAGGUGUUGCUAAAUUCUAGUACUAGUAAUUUGGAUGAAAAGAUCAUGGAAAAACUAUAA